AUGCGUACUGCCGCCCUCUUCUUCUCUCUCCUGCCUUUGGCAUGGGCUGCCCCGGCCAAGCGGGCCGCGCCAGCUCCCCUCAUCAAACCGCGAGGAUCUCAACUCGUCGAGGGCAAGUACAUUGUCAAGUUAUACGAGAACUCCGCCAUCUCGGCUCUCGAGGAUACCAUGACCAAUUUUGAGGGUGAUGCCGACCACGUCUACAACGUAGAGGGAUUCAAGGGGUUCGCUUCUGCCCUAACGGCCGAUGCUCUCGAGACAUUGCAGAACCAUCCCGAUGUCGAGUUCAUCGAACAGGACGCUAUCAUGAGCAUUAACGCCUACACCACCCAGUCCGGUGCUCCUUGGGGCAUUUCUCGCCUGUCCCACAAGUCUGGUACAAGCGGCUACGUUUACGACUCUAGCGCCGGCACAGGCACUUGCGCCUACGUCAUUGACACUGGUAUUUACACCGAACACACGGAGUUCGAGGGCCGCGCUACCUUCGCCGCCAACUACGUUGAUAGCUCUGAUACCGAUGGAAACGGCCACGGAACCCACGUUGCCGGCACUAUUGGCAGUAAGACAUACGGUGUUGCGAAGAAGACCCAGCUCUACGCUGUCAAGGUUCUCGAUGCUAGCGGCUCCGGUACCACGUCUGGUGUCAUCGCCGGCAUGAACUUCGUCACUUCCGAUGUGAAGACCCGGUCUUGCGCGGCCGGUGCUGUCGCUAACAUGUCUCUUGGUGGUGGUUCUUCGUCUUCGAUCAACAGCGCCGCCAAGGCCAUGAUCAACGCUGGUGUCUUCCUUGCUGUUGCUGCCGGUAACGACAACCAGAACGCUGCGAACUCCUCCCCCGCCUCUGAGCCCAGUGUCUGCACUGUCGGAGCCACCACCAACACCGAUGCUCGUGCCAGCUACUCCAACUACGGCGCUGUGGUAGACAUUUUCGCCCCAGGCACUAACAUCCUUAGCACAUGGAAGGGUGGCAGCACUAACACCAUCUCUGGUACUUCUAUGGCCACCCCUCACAUCGCUGGUCUCGGUGCCUACCUCCUCGCCCUCGAGGGCAAGAAGACUCCUCAGGAGCUAUGCAGCUACAUCGUCUCCACUGCCAACUCGGGCCUCCUGACCAGCAUUCCGAGCGGAACUGUCAACAAGCUCGCCUUCAACGGCAACCCCAGCGGUUAA